UCCCCAACUGUGGUGCCAGGGAGCACCUACUCCUUAAGGACAACCCGAUGCCUUCAGCGGCUGCACAACCUCCCCAGGCUCAACCUGGGUGGUACCUCGUGGCGCCUAUCUGGUUUGCUGCUCUACCUGGAUUGCAACAGUAUCGCCUUCGUGGAGGAGGGCGUCUUCCACCUCUUGAACCCCCUCGUGCUGCACCUCAAUGGCAACCACCUCACUGUGCUCACCUGGGCCACCGUCCAGCCGCCCCCCCCCCGAAUCUGCCAGGUGGCCUUUGCGCUCUCACCCAUCCAGCCAGGCCUGUCCUCAGAGCCAGCAGUCACCACUGUGAGCGGGUUCAGCUGUCUCUUCUCCAAGCUGCUGCCCAAGUCCCCGGUGGAGGAGGCGGCCAACACCACCUCGGGGCCAGUCAAUACCUCCACAGCCUUCCCUCGGCAGCAACAACACCGGUGA